CUAGCUGUGUACACGGCAAUCAAAAUGCUGAAGAUUUAUGUACUAGCACUGUUAAUGCUGGUUGGCAAUUUAAAUGCAUCACCAGUUCAAAGAAUUAUGGGCGGCGCGGCAACGUCCAUAGAAAUGUAUCCGUUCGCAACACCACUGCUCCGAACUAUGGAUUUUCGCACUUACGUUCAAACGUGUGCAGGAACCAUACUCACGAAAGCAGCAUUGCUUACUGCCGCUCAUUGCAUUUAUGGUGAGAAUCCAAACAGAUGGCGUUUCCGAGUAGGAUCUACAUUUGCAAGCAGUGAAGGUCUAGUUUACGACAUUUCUAAUUUCAUCCUACACUCCAAGUAUAACCUCCGGACGUACGAUAACGACGUUGCAAUAAUAAAGUCUCAUAGCACCAUCCUCCUUGGUGGCGGUGUGAUUGAAGUUGCGACGGUUGCCGGUGCUAAUUACAGAAUCGCUGAUAACCAGCCAGUUUGGGCUAUUGGAUGGGGAUCAACCUCUUUUGGUGGCCAGAAAUCUGAAUCGCUGCGUCACGUUCAAGUCUGGACUGUUAACCAAUACACUUGCAGGUUUCGUUACGCUGACUUGGGUCUGCGUGCUGUCACCGAUAACAUGCUUUGUGCCGGGUGGCUAGACGUGGGGGGCCGCGAUCAGUGCCAGGAUGACGCUGGCGGGCCCCUUCUUCACAAUGACAUCGUAGUAGGAAUAGUUUCUUGGGGUCACCGGUGUGGUCUGCCCCGCUACCCUGGCGUUUACACUCGCCUUUCUAGUUUCAAUGACUGGAUUGCACUCAAUUCCUAAAUAUUGUUAUGUUUAUUUCCGACACGACACUGUUAUAAAUAUAUAAUGUACCUAUUUAUUGUUUUAUCAAGUUUUUGAAAUAUGUAAAGAGUAAAUGUUUUUAUUAUAUAUAUCGUUUUGAAUUCAUCAUUAUUAGCCUAUUUUUUUGGCCCAUUACAGGGUUAGGCCUCCCUUCAUAUAGGGGA